UAUUAACCAUCAUUUAGAUCCAUUCCUUCAUCCCUGCAGGACUGCUUCCUUUGCAUCUCCUAACUUCUCAACCUGGCUGCCAUCAUGUCCGACAUCCAAAAGGCUAUGGCCCUCCUCAUCACCACCUUUACUAAAUAUGCCAGCAAGGAGGGAGACCAGCACACUCUGAAUAAAGAGGAGCUGAAGGAGCUUCUUCAGAAUGAAUUUGGAGACCUGCUGUGUAAAGCCAAUGACCAGGCUGCAAUCGACCGCAUCUUCAAGGACCUAGACACCAACAAGAGCAACAGCGUGGACUUCAGUGAGUUUGUCAACCUGGUCAGCUGCCUCACCCAGAUGUGCCAUGAGCACUUUGUUGGAAAAAAAAUAGUAGCCUGAGUGCCACCUUGAGGCCGUCUGAAAGAUCUGCCUCUAGAAAAAAAAGAAAUCACAACUCUUGAUUCACAUGAUUUUGUCAUUAAAAAAUAAAUAGUUUUUCCCCUCUCAAACAG